AUGUCUCUCCUGGGCUCGGCUCCACUACGAUAUCUCCCUUUAAAACACCGGGUUCUGUCGCAUUCUCUUGCUCGUCGUUGUUUCACCGCGUCCUCCAGACAGGCCAACAAGCCUCACCCGGUGUCACGUUCUGUGGAGUUCAAGCAAUGGUCCAAAAAUCCUCAUGGCCAAGGUCCUCGGCCAAGCGCGUAUGACAUUACCUUUGAGAGCUCGAGUCCCUCUUGGGUUGGACACAAGGAGGUGUACUUGCUGUCCAAGACCGGCGUGCUGAAAUUGCCGUUUACCUAUCUCCGGGACACGUGCCUUUGUCCGGUGUGUAAAGACCAAUACUCCAAGCAACGCACAUUCCGAACGGGCGACAUUCCCCAGAAUAUUCGCCCAAGAUGGAUCAAAUGGGAUGGACGCCAGUUAUCGAUCAAGUGGGCCAACGAUAUUUCUGGGUAUGCAUCUGAUCAUACUUCUACCUGGAGCUAUGACUUUUUGCAGAAACCCAUUUUAGACACUCACGAUCAGAGUUCUGUGAAUGAACCAGUUAGAUGGUCGAAGAAGACAAUGAGCGAAAAUCAGCAUUGGAUUUCCUUCGACGACUACAUCAACCAUGACUUUAAAUUCGCUGCAGCAAUGCAAAGCUUGAAGCGAUCGGGCCUGAUCUUCGUCGAGAAUAUCCCCGAGUCCCGGGAGAUGGUUGAGAAAAUCGCAACGCGCAUGGGCCCACUGCGCAACACAUUCUAUGGAUCAACAUUUGACGUGCGCACCGUCCCAGAGGCGACGAAUGUGGCGUAUACCAACCAAUUCCUUGGAUUCCACAUGGAUCUAAUGUAUAUGAAUGAGCCACCCGGGUAUCAACUGCUACACUGUUUGGAGAAUUCCUGCUCCGGGGGCGAGUCAUUAUUUGCGGACGCCUUUAGGGCGGCUCAUUUGAUGAAAAAGUCGCACCCCCAACAGUACCAACUCCUUUGCGAACAGCGCUUGGGCUAUGAAUAUAGACAUAACGAGCACAUCUACCACAACAAGCGGCCAGUUUUUGAAAUUGACCAUCAGACGAAUGAGCUGUUGCAUGUCAAUUACUCUCCUCCCUUCCAAUCCGCUAUUCCAUCACCAGAUGGAAAGGACCAUGAUCAUCAAUCUGUGAGACGGUUGGUAGACGCCAUCAAUAUCUUCACCAAGUUGCUUGACUCAGAGGGCGCCAUAUUUGAGCUCAAGCUCAAACCGGGAGUGUGUGUCAUUUUUGACAACCGGCGAGUGGUUCAUGCCCGCCGCCAAUUCAAUGCCAGUGAAGGAUCCCGGUGGCUAGCAGGUGCAUAUGUUGACACCGACGCCCUGCUAUCUUGUUUUGCCGUUUCUCGACGCAAGCAUCCAACAGCUUGGAAGAACAUGAACAAGCCUCCGGUUUCCCAGGCAUCCGAUGUCCCGCAAACCAACCAAGCCACUGAUUCUCAGGGAGAGGGAGAAAUCAAGACCAGCGAAUGA